AUGGCAGUAUUGAGAAAGCUGUCCUGUCUCAUGUUGGUUUGCCUGACACUGACACACAUAGCAAAGUCCAAAGCAGCCAGUGUUAAUGAAAUCCUUUCUAAGGGUGAUUCUGACUAUGUGCUGUCAGAUUACCGAGGGAAAGGUUGCAUUGAUGACAAUGGAUUUGUGUUCGACGUGGGCGAGAGGUUUUACCCCACUGCAACUGCUUGCCCCUGCGUCUGCACUGAAACUGGUCCAGUGUGCCGUAAGCCUCAGUGCCCUCGAAUCUCCUCCCGGUGCAUCCGUGUCAGUUACCAUUCCUGCUGCCCACGCUGCUUGGAAUUCCGCAACUCGUGUCAAUACGGAGGCAAAAUGUACCAACUAUUCCAGGAAUUCUGGCCAUCUGCCUGUGAAAGGUGUCGAUGUGAAGCUAACCGAGAAGUGUACUGUCUGACUGCAGAGUGUGCUCCUGUCCAUUGCGUUAACCCAUCGUAUGAACCCAAUCAGUGCUGUUCUGUGUGCAAACAGGGACCGAACUGUUUUGCAGGAAAUACCAUUAUCCCUGCUGGUGUGAAAGUGGAAAUGGAUGGAAAGUCUGUCUGUUUCUGUCCAUAUAAGGAUGGCUCCUGGGAACCUCAACAGCAAGCAAUUUGUAACUCCCGUGGAAGAAGGCUGGGUCAUCAUCAUAGUGUAAAGGAACGACACCACUGGGAAUGGAUACAGCAGCGAUAGGCUCACUGCUGCAAUACUGUGGACCAGCUAAUGUUUCCCAGAUUGUGUUUUACAAUGACAAAGAGGAUCUUAACCAUCUGGCUACUAACAUUGAUUUGGAGAGAGCUGGACAAUUGUCAGGUGUCAACGGUAAAGCAAGUCUUGUUAGAAUGGAGAGUUGGGGUUGGGACAUUCCUGAUCCUCUUGGCUACACAGAAAUAAUCUGAGGGUUACUAGUCUAAGGCCUCUUCCUCUUGAUCUCCACUUUAAUGAGUGGAGCCUUUUGGUUGCACUGACCCUCAGAGCUCUGUUGGAUUCUUCAAAAGUCAAAUUGGUGAGGCAAGGUCUAGGGAACUAGCAGAAAGCCUGAGUUUAAGUGGUGCGGUCAAUAAA